AUGUUCCACACUGCCCGGCCACAGAGCGUCCUCUGCUGCUUUAUUUCCCCCCCGGCUGCUUCCAUCCCCUCCAAGGACAUUUUAUCCCCUUCCCUCCCCCCUCCAUCCCUCCCCUCCGCUCUAACAUCGGCACAGGACGCCAGCGAAGAAACUGAUCAAGACUCGGUGGCGUUGAAAGCUUUCCAGAAGAUGUCCAGUGAUAGACAAAGGUCAGAUGAUGAAAGCCCAAGUACCAGCAGUGGUAGUUCAGACGCAGAUCAGAGGGACCCACCAGCACCUGAGCCUGAGGAACAGGAAGAAAGAAAACCUUCUGCAACACAGCAGAAGAAAAAUACCAAACUCUCCAGCAAAACUACUGCUAAACUAUCUACUAGUGCUAAAAGAAUUCAGAAGGAGCUAGCCGAAAUAACUCUGGAUCCACCUCCGAAUUGCAGUGCUGGGCCUAAAGGUGAUAACAUCUACGAAUGGAGAUCUACUAUCCUAGGUCCCCCAGGUUCUGUAUAUGAAGGUGGCGUAUUUUUUCUGGAUAUCACAUUUUCAUCUGAUUAUCCAUUUAAACCACCAAAGGUUACUUUCCGUACAAGAAUCUAUCACUGCAACAUCAACAGUCAGGGAGUCAUCUGUCUGGAUAUCCUGAAAGACAACUGGAGUCCUGCUUUGACUAUUUCAAAGGUUUUGCUGUCUAUUUGCUCCCUCUUGACAGACUGCAAUCCUGCUGAUCCUCUGGUGGGAAGCAUAGCCACUCAGUACCUGACCAACAGAGCAGAACAUGACAGGAUAGCCAGACAGUGGACCAAGAGAUACGCAACAUAAGUGAUGUUGACUACUUGGCGCAGUGUGAAGGUGCGGGGAUGCAGCUUUGCAGUGUGCAACCAAACUUUAUAGCCUUUACAAUACGGACUUCUGUGUAUAUGUUAUACUGAUUCUACUCUCUGCUUUUAUCCUUUUGAAGAUUGGAAUACUGCUUUCUCCCCCUCUCCCCCCUCCCCCAACCACCUCCCCAAAAGGUAAAUGCUAUCAAGAGUAGAACUUUGUAGCUGUAGAUUAGUUAUGUUUAAAAUGCCUACUUGCAAGUCUUGCUUCUUUGGGAUAUCAAAAUGUAUUUUGUGAUGUAACUAAGGAUACUGUUCCUGAAGUCAACCAAAUAUAAUAGUGCAUUUUAGCCUAAUUCAUUAUCUGUAUGAAGUUAUUAAAGGUAGCUGUAGAUUACUAGGAAUUACGUCAUUUGUAUUAAGCCCAGAUCUAUUUCCGAUAUGUGGUACAUGCUGUUGUGAAAAAUGUUUAAAACUUUUACCUUUGUCAGUUUGUAAUGAAAAGGAUUUCUUUUAUCCUUGUCCCCUCUCAUCGCCACCCACCUUGUAGCUCAGAGAGCAUCCAGUGUAUCAUCUCAAACACAAUAAACAUGUUCCCCAAGGAAGAGCUUCUCUGUUUUCAUAUUUGAAAUUAAAAUGUGGGUAGAGCCAGUAGGACUGUUUAUAUACAGAUCCUUGUGGAAAAGUAACGUAAGGCAAGAAGGCCCCACUCAGAAGGCCUGGAACAUUAUGAUACUUGUAGUUUGCCUCUACCAAUAUUUCUUAAGGCAAAACUUCACAAUGCUAAAUCUUGCAUUUAUAGCCACAGACACAUACAAACUGUUAAGUUAGAACAGUAGCGUCUUAAGACUUUAAAACGAUGAUACCUUCCAUUACUAUUUCUCCUUUCCUCCCUAUCGCUGCCUUAAAUACUAACCAAUGUGGUGGUGGUAGUGCUGAUGAGGAUCAUCAUCACUCCUGUAAAAUUCAUGUUCGUCGCAGCUGUGAACAUCUGUUCUCAGGCAGAAAGGACAGAGGAAUAUUUCCACUAAAUCUAUAGAAUGUUAAAGUGCAAAGAUGUGAUGAGAGCAAACCAGAAUUAGGAUGAAGGAAGAAACUCCAUUGACCUUGUCCUCCCUCACUUCAUUCCUGGUAGUCAUGAAGUCCAGCCACAAUGUCAAUAGUUGCUAUUAUAGUUUGGGGCGGGGAAUACAAUGUCCUUUAGGACCACAGUGAUAGGCAAUAUUAAGUCACUAGUCCUGCAGUCUCUUCUGCAAUCUCCUGAACCAAUAUUUGUCAACAAAUAAAACACAACUUAGGCAACAAAUUUAAUCUCAUAAUUUAGAUAGACUUCCGCUUUUUCCUUGAAGGAAGGAAUAGUAUUGUUGGGCUGCAUUUGAUGCUUAAUUGUUUUCCACUGCAGCACAAAAAGCUUUGACACAGUGGGCAAAUAACGCUGACCACAAUUUGCCAAGUGUAGCAAACUGUUGACUUGUAACAACCUGAUAAGCUGUUUAUCUCCAAUUGCUUGAAACAAACUUUCCACACUUCUUCAUCUGAUUAGAACCUGAAAACCUGAAGAUGUUAAGAACUGUGAUACUGUAUAAUUCUCUUUGUUGGAUACCAAGGAGCUGAUGAAAACAUGACAUGUGCUCCAUUGACGGUUUAUUCUUAAUUAGUCAGUUGAUUCUUGACCAGCAAGUGUAUAGCUGAUAAGGCCAUUCUGAGUAUAGUUGAUGGCGGGCAGGGGAAUCUUGUUAUUUUAUGGAUUCUCCAGGAUGAAGGAGCAAAUUAACAAAAUUUGAUUGGAUUUCACAUAAUCUCCCAUCUACUUCUAUAAUUUAGCAUAAAUAGGUCAUUUUUAUAAUUCCAAAAUUUUGAGGAUUUUGGAUCUUGCCAAUUUUUUUCUAAUUUGUAGCGAUUGCAUGAUUUCCUUAUUCACUUCUCUAUGUGUCAUAAAACUUCAAGGGAGCAUUUUCUCGAUGAGUUCAGCAGAAUAUAAAUAAAUAUUGACUUAGAAGUAAAUAUUUUUUUUAAAGGAAAACACAGCUGAGAGAUUUAACUUAUUGGUAACUCUCAACACAAAAUAUGAGGUAGGCCUUUCUCCACAUUUUUCUCUGCAAAAGAAUGGGAUCUCCAAAUAGUCGUGCAUAAUGGUCAGAUGCCUGAAUGAGGAUUGCACAUAGUAUCAUUUCCAGAUAGAUGGAUGCAUACUUUCCACUUACGAGAGCUUGAUGGAAAUGUUACAUUUACAAUGAGAUUUUCAUCACAAUCUGCUCACUGCCCAGGUUGAUAGGCUGUCCUAUUGUGUGCAUCAUGUGGAUAGCUUAGUCCACAUGUUAAAAUACUAACAUUCCUUUUCCCAUUGCAUGACCACCAUAGGCCUUUGUUUAUGUAGUCAGAACAUCAAACAGUGCAAGCCAGUCAUCCAGAAAGAUGAUUUGUGUUUAUGUGACAGAUACUUCUUACUAUUUAUGUUUCAGGCUUCCAGGUUCAAACUCAACUAUUGUCCAUUAGGGGCGGAUGGAGGGUGCUGUUGAAGCACUUCUAUUAAGCAGUUAUGUACUUUUUAUAUAUUUCUGUCUGGAGUUCAACAUUUUUAUCAUGCAGAGUAUUAACAAAUUAUAGAGGCUUCAAAGUGUUUGAGGUUCGUCUGUAAGACCUAUGGCCUCAGAAUAUGAUGCCUAGAGCAAUAUCAUUUGAGACCAUACCUGCAAGCUCUGCAAUAAAAACUCAAACGACAAAUUAUCCUAUUUAUCUCCGACCUAAAUGUCAUUUUCACUUGGAAUGUUAGGGUUUAUUAACAACUCAGGACCUAAUUCAGAUCCCCCCCAAAACAAAAUGCUGUUCAGUGCAGCAAUCUUCUUAGUAGGCAAUUGAUAAAGGCAAUCUGUUUAACCCAUAUUAUAAGCUAGUUGUCACAGAGGUGUCAAAAGUAUUUUGGGGCUGUCCUGUCAUAAAUUUAAAGAGAGGCUACUCUAUCCUCUGCCCCAUUCCCAAAACAGGUGCUUCCACCAGAAAUUUCAACAAAAGAAAACAUUCUAACCUUGCUUUAUCGUCAACAUUCUUGAUUCCUGGGCCCUCUUGUGUGAGGAGGCAUAGAGAAGUGUUCAGUCAAGAUUCCCAACUGAUCUCUACAACAUAAACUGAAUUCAUCUUUAGCAUUUCUUCCAUGAAAACAAUUCCUACAGCUAGUCUUGUGAAAAGAGAACAGAAGGCAUACAUGAGAAAAUAUUAGGAUAUCAUACACAGGGCAUGUUUGUUAGUCAUCUUUCAUUAAUUUCAGGAGAUAUUUACAAUUCCCAGUGAAAUAAGUGAAGUUUAUGGGGCAUGUGAAUUUGGUACAUUUGUUUUAUAAAUUAGGACAAGAAUAUAUGACAGUUACCAGGCAAGUGGACCACAGGGAGAAACUAGAUCUUGCUGGUUCCUAGUGAAAAGAUAAAAUGCACUGGUAUAUAGCACAUCGCAUAAAUUUACAAAAAAUGGCAAAAUGUAUAUUUCACAUACUAGAUGUGGACCCUGCAACACUUUCAAAUAUUUAUAUCAUAUAAUAUAUAAUAUAAUUAAUUAACAUCAUGUUCUUGUUUUUUUUAAUGCACUAAAGUUUCAGACUGCAGAAAAUUUGAAGUAUAAAUGGGAUGCCUUCUCAAUAUUGCCCGUUAACUUCCUUUACUAAGAUUAUAUUAGUAAUUCUAAAAUUUCCUUCCUGUCAUCAGUUUGUCAACUCCUUGUUCCUUUUCAUGUUGCUUUUUUCUGUCUGUAAAUUUUAUAUUUACUGAAGUAAGAAGUUGGGGCGCGGGGUUGUGUACACAUUUAAACUUAAAAAGAACUUAAUUUUGUUUCUCAGCUUUUCUCUGCUUACACCAAGCAGCAGAAAGAAAUUUGUAUUGUUAAAUAAAUCAAUUAGUUGUUAAAUGAAAA